AUCAGAUAAAAUACAAACUAGGACAAUAGGAGAGAGAAAUAAAGAAAACAAAGAUGGAUAGGGUGUUCUCUUCCAUGGAAGAAAUGUCUGACCAUCUCUGGUCUUCUUCUUCAGCAAAACAACCUGGUAACAAUGAAAAUGAAGAUGAAGAUGAACUUUCCAGAAUGAGUAGAAGCGCUUCUGAGUGGGCCUUUCAGCGUUUUCUCCAAGAAGAAGGCUCUGUUUCACCUUCAUCUUCCUCACAGCAAGCUCAGAAUGAAGUUGAGGAGAUCAAGGUCAAUGCAACUAGUAUGGCUUUCCCAAAUGGGCCAAGUACUAGUAACACUAACAGCAGUGCCGCUUCGUUUAAGGCUCCUAAUGUUCCUGUUGAUUCUGAGGAGUACCAGGCUUUUCUCAAGACCAAGCUCGAUCUGGCUUGUGCUGCUGUGGCUUUGUCUCGUGUAAAGGGAUCUUUAGUGAAAGCUCAAGAUUCUGCUUCUUUAGCUGACAGUGGGCGACAGGCUUCUGGUGAUAUGCAACUCGGUUCCCCAGCUCCUUCUCAAGGAGCUGGGAAUGAUUUAUGCAGGUCAAAUGAUAAGAGUGCUAAUGCACCAUUUGGAAUUCCUGCAUUGCCUACAAAACCAAGUAGAUCCGGGGUUCCAACAAGGCAAGCAAUAAGUGGAUCAUCUAAGGAACUCUCAGAUGACGAGGAAGUUGAAGGAGAAACAGAAAUGACUGAAAAUAUGGACCCUACUGAUGCGAAACGUGUGAGGAGAAUGCUCUCUAAUAGAGAAUCAGCUAGACGCUCAAGGAGAAGAAAGCAGGCCCAUUUGACUGAACUUGAGACACAGGCAUCUCAAUUAAGAGUUGAGAACUCCUCACUAUUGAAGCGUCUGACUGAUAUAAACCAGAAGUACAAUGAAGCAGCCGUUGACAACAGAGUUUUGAAAGCUGAUAUUGAAACAUUGAGAGCAAAGGUAAAGAUGGCGGAGGAGACGGUGAAAAGAUUAACUGGAUCAAACUCCUUUCGUACUAUGUCAGAUGUGUCCUCAAUCAGCAUGGCACCAUAUGAUGGAAGCCCUUCAGAAACAUCAACAGAUGCCGCUAUUCCCGUGCAAGAUGACAAAAACCAUCACUAUUUCCAACCUGCAUCCAAUGACUCUAUGCCAACUCAUGACCUCAGAGGCAACAAUGGCUUGGGAGACAAUACGCCUUCAGUUGAAAAUGCGCAGCUGACUUCUGCAGCAACAUCGACCGAACUGGCUGGGAACAAGAUGGGACGAACACCUUCGUUACAGCGAGUUGCUAGUUUAGAGCACCUCCAGAAGCGGAUCCGCGGUGGAGAGCAAUAGUUUACAAGCUCAAUGAUCAUCUAAGCAUGAGGAAGGAUUUUGAAUGCUGCUGCGAACAGCAGUUGUAUUGCAAUAUUAUUACGGGGCUUAGUUAUGUAAAACUCGCUACCAUUUGUCCCAACUACACUGAAUUAAACUCAUCAAUAUUUUUGCCACCUAUGGCUUGUCAUGUAA